CCUAGUAAAACAAUGAAGCUUUUUCUAUUUUGUGUAAUAAUAAUGCUAAUCGGCCAGACUUGCGCACUGAUUCCGAGAAACUAUGAAGCGCGUUUCAUUUCGAUUACCUCAAAUGGCACCAACGUGUUCGAUUUCAGCCAAAUUAGGUUUGUGGGCCGAGAACGCAUGGCAAAUGGCACUUUCGAACUGAAGGAGGAUCUGGAUAAUGAAUCAAUUUCAGUUGUCGGUGAAACUUUCAUCGAUUCUGUGGGCGAUGGCGAGUACAAGCAGCUUCCGUUUACCGCUCCCAAACAAUCCAUCUGCACGGCAUUGGCGGCCUAUUGGUCGUACUUUGAGCCGAGUAUAAAGUACGGAGUUAACACGGACUUUCCGGCUCAUACGCACCUAUGUCCCAUACCAAAGGGAAUAUACUACGUAAAGGAUGUAGUCCUCAAAAACGACAAUUGGCCAGUUAUAAUGCCGCGAGGAUAUCUGAAGGCCGUUGGCACUCUUUUCAAAAAUGACGAAUAUGGCGGCGGUCUAGAAAUUGUUACACAAAUUAGCGACUUGUCUUAGCCAAGAAAUAAACGAUAAAGUGUAAUAAUAGAA